UUGCGGUAACACCAUGUAAUGGUAUCUCUAUUAAAUGAGUUCGGUUGUGGAAAGAACCAUUGGUUUCAACUCGACGUUUCGAUCAGUAUGCUCUGAUCGUCUUCUGGAGAAAAGGCUAUAUCUGAUUGAUAAAAUGAAGGGCCAAGCGACAGGGCAAAGACAACCGAAACGGUACUAACCGUGCACCACAAGGACUCCACACAAUGAGACGAAGGGCUUACGAUUCAGUGCUUGCCUCAUUGGGCACAAACCAACAUGACGUACUGGACAAGGAUGAGGUGCGAUUUCUUCAAGCCGUGGAGUUUGGUGAUCUGCCCACCACUCGGACCAUGCUCGACCAGGCCGACAUCGCCGGCCGUUUGCUCAAAUGCACGGACUACAAAGACCGUACCUGCCUGGAGAUUGCCACGGACAGUGAACACUUUGAUAUCGUUGAGCAUCUUAUACAUAUCGGUGGGCGGCAGCUACCAAUACAAAGCAUCAAUGAGUCUUUAAUGUUAGCCAUUAGUAAGGGGUACCUGCGAAUCACACAGACACUCCUUACUCACCCAAUGUUCCAGAAGAGUAAAGAUAAGUUCCGUCUGGGAAGUUUGACAAAUUACUUCCAGCCGAAGAGUAACUCUAAGUUUGAUCAGGAUAUCAGCCCUAUCAUGCUGGCUGCCCAUUGUAAUGAGAUUGACAUUAUACGGUUACUACUGCGACGAGGGGACAAUGUGAAGAAACCCCACCAUAGUCUGUGCGAGUGCACAUCGUGCCAUAACAAACGGCUCUUUGACCCGCUCAAACAUUCCCUAGCUGGUAUUCAUGCUUACCGUGCCUUAGCUAGCCCGGCCUACAUCUCACUGACAAGCCAGGACCCUAUCCUAACUGCGUUCUUACUCAGCCAGGAGUUGAUGCAGCUGUCAAGAAUCGAGAAAGAGUUCAAGAUCGAGUACAGGGACUUAGCCAAACAGUGCAAGAAGUACGCCUCGGAUCUCCUGGACAUGUGUCAGAAUUCAGAAGAGGUCCGUACCAUUCUCAGCCAGAGGGGGAAUACAAUGGAGGGGUUCCAUGCAGCUGAUAGUGAAGAGCAGAUAUAUGGAGAAUUUGAAGAGACGGAGAAUGAAGAUAAAAGCCCAAACGAGAUGGCUCGACUACGCAUUGCUAUUAGAUAUCACCAGAAACAAUUUGUCGCUCAUCCCAACUGUCAGCAUCAGCUCGCUACGAUGUGGUAUGAUGGUUUCCCAGGCUGGCGGCAGAGUGGAUUCAUGUAUAAGAUUCUAUUCACUCUACUCAUUCCAUUGUGUUUGCCAUUCUUGGCUGUUGUCUACUGGGUAGCCCCUAACUGUAAGUUAAGUCGCAUUAUCAGCACCCCUCUGGUGAAGUUCAUCACACACACAGCAAGCUACAUUGUCUUUCUGCUCUUCAUCUUUCUUGGAUCUACCUUAGUCGACCUGCAAUCGUACCAGAGUACAGAUUAUCAGGACUUCAGUGAAGCCAUAUUAAGAUACAACUCUACGUGUUUUCCUUUAUUCAACUAUUCGGAAAUUAACGAUAGUCUGUUCAGCUUACGAACCUCAUCUUUUAAUGUGUUUGAGUUUUUCAUCAUUUUGUUUGUAGUAGGUACUUUCUGGGCGGAGAUUAAACAGAUAUGGGAGGAGGGCCAUCGUCGAUAUUUAGCAUCCGUGUGGAACUGGUUAGACAUUGCUAUGUUGAACUUCUACAUGUCGUCAUUUGCUCUAAAAAUAUGCAGUUAUAGCACAACCAGUGUCGCCAUAAACUUUUUCAUCAGCAAUAAAAGUGCAUGUAGUCUGGUGACUACCAACAACUCACUCGCUGUGCAGAUGUUCUAUUUUAUACAAGGAGACCGCCAUGUUUGGAAGGACGAUGACCCGAUCUUACUAUCAGAGGCUCUAUUUGCCGUUGCAAAUGUCUUAAGUUUCAGUCGUAUGUCUUACGUCCUGCCAGUGAGUGAGUUUCUAGGACCACUGCAGAUCUCUCUAGGUCGAAUGCUGGGUGAUAUAGUACGGUUUGGUGUAGUCUUCUGCGUGGUGUUUCUGGCAUUCUUCUGCUCGUUGUACAAUUUGUACUGGUCUUAUGACCCAGAGUCUACAACGGAUUGUGGGACACAAAAGGCUGGCUACGGAUUUGGCACAUUUGGCUUCACCUUCAUGACGUUAUUUUGGGCUCUAUUCGGCCUGGCUCAACCAGACGAUCCAACUAUCCCAAACAGUGAGCUAUAUGGGGCUGGGAGUGGUCAUCAGUUGACGUCAUUUGUCGGUCAUAUCUUAUUCAUGGUGUAUUUCGUCGUGAUGGGAUUAGUCAUGCUUAAUAUGCUGAUUGCUAUGAUGAGCAAUUCAUUUCAGGAAAUAGAGAGUGACCAAGAUGUGGAGUGGAAGUUCGCAAGAUCGCAGCUCUGGCUUUCCUACUUCGAAAAAGGCGCCACUUUACCGAACCCUUUCAAUCUUGUGCCCAGCCCAAAGAGUUGUUUUUACGUCUACAAAUGGUUACGUCGUCAGUUCACUGAGUUCAAAAAGAGGAAAGAAUCAGGGAGAACUCCUAGAGCACAAAUGCCAAUGAAUGACAGAAGAAAUGGAGUUUUUAACAUCAUGAAUCACUCUGAGUUGCGACGAAAUGAAAGCAUACACGAGAGCAUCAUGAAGGGAGUGGUCAAGAGGUACCUGUUUAAGUUGCAACGGGAGAAAGAAAAUGAUGAAGUCAAUGAAGGUGAACUGGACGAGAUUAAGAAUGACAUUUCCAGCUUGAGAUUUGAACUGAUGGAACAACUUCGCAAGGAGCCUCGAACCCCCACAGCUGCGGCCCCACCCACGAUAAACCUCUCGGAUGUUCACCUACAGGAAACAGCCGUCAAGUCCAUGAGUUUCCACAUUGCGUGUGUUGAGAACAAGGUUGAAAACUUGACCGAACAACUCGAUUUGUUACGUAAGGAUCUCUUGACAGCCCUGGAAGGAAGGAAACCACGUGCGCCCUCACAAGUGCAAUAUAUAUGAACAAAUAAAACAGUUAUGUGUUUCGUUGAACUGUGAGACAGGCGCUCCUCGAAUUCUGAACCAAGCACACUGGAAAGCUCGACGUCUAUAACAGUAUAAGGAGACUUGACGCCAUAGUAGUCGAAAGCUAAACUUUUUGCACAUGCUUUCGACCCCGCGGUGCUCACUCGGUCACUCAUCCUCUCGUGGUGACGUCAUGCACCUGGGGCCAGCCCCAAGUGACCCACUUCCCGCCACUUGGGGCUUACCCGGAUGAGCCCCUGGAAUGACGUCGACGCUAUUCGAACGUUCCGGGGCAGACUAGGGUCGACCCAGGGAAGUUAAAUCAAACGCACCCAUAGUUAUAGCGAAAAGGCAGAAAGCAAUGGAGAAUUGAGUACUGUAUUAUACCGAUGGUUGUCAUUCGAGUGAGUGCAUCACUGCAAGUUGCUGGUCAAUAGUCGACUAAAAAUAAUGUCGGCACUCGAACUUGCUCCUGGUGACUCCAACAAAUUACAGAAGCUCAUAGGAGAUGCAUUGAACAGGUUUUUAUUUUAAGACUGUAUGUGAGAAUGUUUCUUAGACUUACCUUCUCUGAACUAUCCGAUUUAUUUCACCGAAAAUGCCUUUGAACAAUAAAAUACACAGAGGUUCAAGUUUUUGUCAUGCCGGCAGUGGAGCCAUGCAUGAUUAUAAAAUAAUAAUAGCUUAAACUACUUGCAACACUUUACUGACUUUUUGCAUUACCACUGCAAAAAGAGUUUUCCCUGUGUAAAAGCCAAUAGCUAAGGAUACAUUAUUUCCCAUGUUGUGUGAAGUCAUUGUUAACGAUUGGAUGGAUGGUUGGAAAUUUACAUUAUGGUGAUGCAUUUAGUCCAUUAUUUAGACGUGGUCCAAAUUGCACUAUGCUUUAAAUACAGAAGAAGACAUUGUGCAUAAAGGUAUAAUAUACCGGAUGAGUUCAAGGCAUUGGACACUAUUGGUAAUUACUCAAAAUAAUUGUUACCAUAAAACCUUAAUUUGAUGGUUACGAGAAUGGGGAUUGAUUGAUAGUAUAAAACAUUGUGAGAAACAGCUCCCUCUGAAGUGACGAAGUUUUUGAGAAAGAAAGAAAU